AUGGGCACUAGACUCAUUAUCGAUGCUGAUGGCAACAUCACCUUCAGCGAUGUGGUCGGUGAGCUGAGUGACGGGGAGAUCGCGCGACGUUUUGGUCAACUUGAGGGUCCGUCAACCAGGAGCUGGGCGAGACGUCACUCUCGAAGCAUUGGAAAGGAGCAGUCUAUCAGCAGAGUGGAAGGUGAUAGACUCGCUCCAACAAACAGUCAACGCAGAUCGAAGACGAAAGUGGUCACUCCUCCAAAACCUCAAUACCGCAAAUCCGAUUCUCCUGACGAUCGCUCUUCUCCGAGUGAUCCCGCUGACGAAGAGUACACUCCAGAGACGGAGAGGCGCGAACUGAGGGGGCGACAAAGGAGAUCUUAUCGACUCAGUUUGGAAAAGAAAUCGGAUGAAUUCUCAAGCGAGGAGUCAGUUCUGAGUGGCGCCACCGACGAUGGUCCGGAGGUGCUUUCACAUUACGUUGAAAAAAUAUCUCCUACUCCCUCGAGUGUUCCGAGUAUUGACGAAGAAUACCGACCAAGUCGAUCUAAGGCGAAAGUGAAACACAAUCUCGACACAUCUGACCUUUCCGUUGGCAGCGAUAGAUCACCUGUUCUUAGUAUCAUUGAUGAUAUUGACCAUCACAGUGGGAAUUCCGAAGGAACCAUUUCCCCCGAACGCUUUCCGAGCCCCCCGAGCAUUGACGAGGAUACGUACCAUCAAUAUACCAGCCGACAUCAUCCUCCGGCAGAGAUUACCGAUCGCGAAGAAUAUCAUCGUCAGGUGCACGAGGCCUUAGAGAUUAUUAGUCCCACACCGGAGAUGUUAGCAACUCGUACCACUCUUGGCGACACUCCCAGAGCGAGCACCGCGAUGUUUGUCUUCCCGCUCUCGGAUGAUGAACAAGAUGGCCGGGAAGGAGUCUCUGAGUCGCGUAGACGGCACCGAGCGAAGUCCACCCAGGCUACCUUCAAGAAUCCCAUCGCUGCCGAUCUUGAUAUCUUCGACAAAACACUGAUCGAGAUGAAAUUGCACGGUUACAGCGAGGAUGCCAUGCGUGCAAAGAUUGUCGAGCUUGGUGGCAUCAAGUAUGAGCCGAAGUCCAUCACCUCCCGCUUCUUCCGUCUCAAACAGAAGCUGGAUGCACGGAAAGAUGAAGAGCUGAAGUGCGGCGCGGACGGCUGGCACGCUGGAGAAGAUGAGGUUCUUAUCCAGGCAUAUCGCAAUGCUGACGCCGAGAUCGAGGAAGAACACAUCCGACUUGAGGAGAAGCGUUGGAAGUUCGUGCAAGAUCAUUUCACUCGCAUCCAACCGAAAUCGAUCUACUCCGAAAAGGCGCUCAAGGACCACUUCGUCGCACUCAUCGCUGAUGAAGCAGAGCCUUCGGUCGAAUUGUCCGAGGACCCCGAACAUCGCAAAACUGAGAUGGCGGAAUCCAAGGCAAAGCUCCUUGCAAGGAAGGAGGAGCGUGAGGACGAACGGCGCAAGGCCUCUGUCCGAAACAAGGUGAAGGCUUAUGAGUCUUCUAAUACCAAGCUAAAACAACUCGAGCGCGAGUCUGCUAGGGUGGAGAUGCUCAGAAAGCGCGAAGAGAAGAAGGCGAAGAGAGCAGCAAAGGAUGCAGUUAAGGAGGCCCGGAGCAGGCAGAGGAUACAUGCUGCGGAGACGAAGCGGAUAUGUGAGGAGGAACUGCAGAGGAAGCCGGCAAAGCUGGCGGAAAGGGGACCCGAAACGCGCCGUCAGGCUUCUGUCGACACUACAGCGGUUUCCGGAACCACAGAAGAACGGCCUUAUAGAGAUUUCUUCAGGGGCGUAAAGCGGCCAAGAGAUUGGUCCCCAAUCUCACCCAUGGACGUAUAUCCGCGACCCACGUUUUGA